UCCAACUGCUUAUGAACUUCUUUAGAAGGAACUGCAGUCCAAUUUCAAAAGACGACGUUGCAGUGUUAUCGGCCUCAACUUUCUUAGCAGCCUACUCGCAUGCACGUACCCCUGCAAUUUGCAAGUGCUUGCAUAUGAUCGAAACGGAACACGAUCAUCUCCCGAUUCAUGAACGACGAUCUCGAAUUGGUCGGUCGAGAUGUUAACGGUGAGAGGAGGAGGAUACGCCCGAGGCACGCAACUGACGAGGCUCAGGAGCGUGAUUCUAGGGUUAGGGUUAGGGUUACGGGGUAGGAGAACGAUUUCGAGUUGCGAAGAGCGACCGAGCGAGGGAAAGAGGUUUGCUGCCGUGUGGGGUAACGGCGAUUACGGGCGGCUGGGGCUGGGAAGCUUGGAGUCCCGGUGGCGGCCUGCUUUCUGCUCGGCUUUCGGUAACGAAAGCCUCCUCGGCAUUGCUUGUGGUGGAGCUCAUACCCUGUUUUUGACAGAAACUGGCUGUGUUUAUACCACUGGUCUCAAUGAUUUUGGACAGCUAGGCAUAUCAGAUGAUAAAAGCUACACUACUGAGCCCCUAAAAGUUUUAGGACUUCCCAACGAGAUAAUUAAAAUAUAUGCUGGUUAUCAUCACUCAUCUGCCAUUACAGUGAAUGGGGAGCUUUACAUGUGGGGGAAGAACUCAAAUGGACAGCUUGGCCUUGGAAAAAAGGCGGAAAAAGUUGUUUUUGUACCUACUAAAGUUGAAUCCUUGACUGGAGUUGCUAUCAAAAUGGUGGCUUUGGGUUCAGAGCACUCACUUGCAGUUACAGAUAAAGGUGAGGCCUUAAGCUGGGGAGGAGGGGGAUCUGGGAGGCUUGGUCAUGGGCAUGAACCAAGCAUGUUGGGCUUUCUAAGGAGUGCCAGUGAAUUUACCCCUAGGCUUAUUAAGAAACUUGAAGGAUUCAAGAUUAAAAGUAUUGCUGCCGGGAUGCUGCAUUCAGCAUGCAUUGAUGAAAAUGGCUCUGUAUUUGUAUUUGGUGAAAGAGCAGUGGAUAAAUUGGGCCUCGGGCAAGCAAAGAAUGCAACAAGACCAUCCAUGAUUGGCCAACUGCCGUUGUCUGAAGAAGUUGCAUGUGGUGGUUAUCACACUUGUGUCAUUACAAGCGGUGGAGAACUAUACACAUGGGGCUCAAAUGAGAAUGGCUGUCUCGGGACUGGCUGUACAGAUGUCAGUCAUUUACCAGAAAGAGUUCAAGGUCCAUUCUUGAAACAUGCUGUUUGCCAGGUAUCCUGUGGCUGGAAGCAUACAGCAGCAAUCUCUGAAGGACAUGUUUAUGCAUGGGGCUGGGGAGGUUCUCAUGGAACGUUUUCUGAGGACGGGCAUUCCCCUGGUGGACAAUUGGGUCAGGGGAAUGAUGUUGACUACAUUACGCCUACACGAGUCAUUUUCGGGAGAAAUGUUAAAGCAUUACAAGUAUCAUGUGGAUUCAAUCAUACAGGUGCCAUACUGGAAUCCAUUUGAAUUGUUGCUGCAACUUCCCCUGAUUGUUUUUAAUCAUCUUUUUCACAUUCUUUGGUAUUUGAUAGUCACUGUUUUUCAGUGCAAGAAAAAUAAAACAAUAACCUUACAGUUAGAAAUAUCAGACCCAAUAUUUUAUACUGGGAUGGAACUGAAUGAAUUUACUGUAAUUGAUCUGUUGUAAUUGAAAUUUCAAACAAAACAAAGAUAGCAGUGGUUGAGCUUCAGGCUCUUGAAAUAUUGACUGUGUUGUGUGACGCGAAGAACUCAUUAGCAGCAGUAUGUAUCCAGGCCCUUGUCAAGUUAUAGUAUUCGUCUA